GGGGCGGGGCCGGACCGGGAAUCGAAACCGCCGGGUCGGUGCAGGACGGGCCCGCGUCCCCCCGGCUGCGGAGACCUGGGACACGGAGCCGGCCCGAGCGGCCCCCACAGCCCCAGCCCCGCCGCCUCCUCCUCUGCCGUGAGUGCCGCCAGCCCGCUCGCGCAGAGCGGGGUCCCCUCCCGGCAGCUCCCGCCGCAUGGGCGCCGCGGCUCGGCCCACCGCGGGUUUGCCUGACCCCCGGUACCGGGAGUGAGCGCUGCGUGACCCCGGCGGUCCCUGUGGGCGAGCGGCUGGCGGAGGAGCGGCUUGCGGGGUCACCUCGGGGAAGGCGGCGGCCGUGGGCAGACGGUCGGGGGCUGCCGCCGCCUUACCGAGCGUGAGGGGCUGUGCUGCCGAGGGGCUGGCACUGCCUCCCGGCUGCUGUGCCCCCGGGAUCGGGGCCUUCACCCGCAGGUAAUUCUGUGUCGUUUGAAGCCUCGCAGGGAAGCAGCAGCAAAAAUGAAGAGAAGGACAGAACCCGAAUUUAGCAGCCCUCAAAAGAAGCAGAAGAAGAGGAUAGAAGAAUUGGGAUUAACCCUCAGUUCUACUUCAGAUGAUGAAACUCAAUUUAGUAAUCAUACUACUCAAGAGUCUUCAAGUAGCAGCAGUGGGUCUGAAAGUGAGAGUGAGGAGAAAAGACCAGUCUUCAGCAAUGAGUUCAAACAAGACUCUCUUGUGGAAGGCACUUCAUCUCGCUACUCCAUGUAUAACAGUGUCUCCCAAAAGCUCAUGGCCAAGAUGGGCUUCCGGGAAGGAGAAGGUCUGGGAAAAUAUGGCCAAGGCAGGAAGGAUAUUGUUGAGGUCUCCAAUCAGAAGGGAAGAAGAGGCUUUGGGCUGACCCUCAAAGGAUUUGAUGGGGAGCUCAAUAUUGAUUGGCAGGAUGAGCCAGAGCCCAGUGCCUAUGAGGAGGUAGACUGGUGCCUCGAGUGUACCACGGAAAUCCCUGAUGCCCAGGAGCUGAAGGAGUGGAUGACUGUGGGCAAGAGGAAGAUGGUGAUUGAAGAUGAAACAGAGUUCUGUAGUGAAGAGCUUUUGCAUAAUGUCCUGCAGUGCAAGAGUGUAUUUGAUGAGCUGGAUGGAGAAGAAAUGCGUCGUGCACGGACAAGGUCUAACCCCUAUGAGAUGAUCCGUGGAGUUUUCUUUCUGAACAGGGCUGCAAUGAAGAUGGCAAAUAUGGACCAUGUCUUUGAUUACAUGUUUACAAACCCUAAGGACUUCCAUGGGAGGCCCUUGGUAAAGGAGCGAGAUGCAGAGCUGCUCUACUUUGCUGAUGUGUGUGCUGGUCCUGGAGGCUUCUCAGAGUACGUCUUGUGGAGACGGAAGUGGCAUGCAAAAGGAUUUGGCAUGACCUUGAAAGGACCAAAUGAUUUUAAACUGGAGGACUUCUAUUCUGCUUCCAGUGAGCUCUUUGAACCUUAUUAUGGAGAGGGAGGGAUUGAUGGAGAUGGAGACAUUACUCGCCCAGAAAACAUUACUGCUUUCCGGAAUUUUGUUUUGGACAAUACUGAUCACAAGGGAGUGCAUUUCUUAAUGGCUGAUGGGGGUUUCUCAGUGGAGGGUCAGAACAAUCUGCAAGAGAUCCUAAGCAAACAGCUCAUGCUUUGCCAGUUCCUUACAGCAUUGUCCAUUGUUCGGACAGGAGGACAUUUUGUCUGCAAAACCUUUGACCUGUUUACUCCAUUCAGUGUGGGACUUGUUUAUCUUCUGUAUUGCUGCUUUGAGCGAGUGUGCAUCUUUAAACCUGUGACAAGCCGCCCUGCCAACUCAGAGAGGUAUGUGAUAUGCAAAGGAUUAAAGCUAGGGAUUGAUGAUGUGCGGGACUAUCUCUUCAUGGUGAACAUCAGGCUGAACCAGCUGCGCAACUCUGACGUGGAUGUGAAUCUUGUUGUCCCACUGAACGUGAUCAAAGGCGACCAGGACUUCUAUGAUUACAUUGUCCAGUCCAAUGAAAACCACUGCAAAGUUCAGAUAAAGGCACUAGCCAAAAUUCGUGCUUUUGUUCAAGACACGACACUUGUGGAGCCACGGCAGGCUGAAAUCCGAAAGGAGUGUCUCCAGUUAUGGGGGAUUCCUGAUCAGGCUCGUGUUGCUCCUUCAUCUUCAGAUCCCAAGUCCAAGUUCUUUGAGCUUAUCCAGGGCACGGACAUCGAUACCUUCAGUUACAAACCCACUCCUCUGAAUUCCAGCACACUGGAGAAAAUUCGGCAAGUGUUGGAUUUCCGAUGUAUGGUGUCUGGAAGUGAGCAGAAAUUCCUCCUGGGGCUAGGGAAAUCACAGAUCUACACCUGGGAUGGUCGCCAGUCAGACCGCUGGACAAAGCUGGAUUUGAAAACAGAGCUGCCAAGAGAUACUCUUCUCUCAGUGGAGAUUGUUUAUGAGCUGAAAGGAGAGGGGAAAGCCCAGCGAAAAAUCAGUGCCAUCCACAUACUUGAUGUCUUGGUGCUGAAUGGCAAUGAUGUUCGAAACCAGCAUUUCAACCAGAGGAUUCAGCUGGCAGAGAAGUUUGUCAAAGCUGUUUCUAAACCAAGCCGGCCAGAUAUGAACCCCAUCCGAGUGAAGGAAGUGUACAGAUUGGAGGAAAUAGAGAAGAUUUUUGUGAGGUUAGAGAUGAAAAUCAUCAAGAGCUCAGGGGGGGUGCCCCGGUUAUCCUACACUGGCCGAGAUGAUCGGCACUUUGUGCCCACAGGACUCUACAUCGUACGGACUGUGAAUGAUCCCUGGACAAUGGCAUACAGCAAAAACUCCAAGAGAAAAUUCUUCUUCAACAAAAUGACCAAGCAUUCAACCUUCUAUCUCCCUUCUGAAUCCAUUGCACCCUUUCAUGUCUGCCAUUACAGCCGCCUCUUCUGGGAGUGGGGGGAAGGUGUCAAAGUGCACGAUUCUCAGAAGAGGAAAGAUCCAGAGAAGCUAUCAAAGGAAGAUGUGCUGGCUUUCAUCCAAGCACACUACCCCUAACCCCGCUCUUUUGAGGGGUGCAGGGGAGGCUGAGCCCAGCUUGGAUUCUUCAGGGACUGAUGAAACUGGGGAGACUGCAACUUCUGUCCUGGUCUUCUCCAGAGCUGGUGUCCUGGAGGUGGUCUAACCAGAGAGUGGUAUGCAGAAGGCACAGGACAAGGCUCUACCCUUGCAGUGUAUAUAAGAGUACAGCCCAGGUAGUGCCUGCUGCUGGAGUUCCUGUGGUGACUCCUGGAGCCAAGGCCUAAUGUCCUUUUGUCCUGACCUACUGUAUGCAUGAGGCCAAGGGGCUGGCAGCUUUCUUCGCUCCUGUUCAAACAUUCAGCAAGGUUUGUGGAGCUCUGUGUGUACCAGAUCUCUCAGGCUUGUGCUUCUCUGGGAGUGUGGGAAGGAGCAGUGAUGUCUUGGUGGCAGAGCUGGGCAACAGCACAUCCAAGUGGCUCUGCACCAUUCCUGGCAGCUCUGUUUCCUUGGCCUUGUCAAAGGCCUGCGCUACCCAGUGGAGGGUGUUAGCUCAUUGGGGAAUGCUGGCUUUGGGACAUGAAUAUGUAUUGUUGGGGUCUCCAACACUUCUGCUUAUCAAGGCACUUGGCAAUUCCUAUGUGAUGGCAUCCUGUUAGACAAAGGCCCACACGGGUGAAGUAGAGUUCCUGGCACAGAUUUAAUGUGCUCAGUCCAAGGCAUUUUUUAAGACCUCUAGAAGCUGCUGUGACAAGGAUUUUACCUCCCAAGGUCAGUGUCUGAUCUUGAGCUAGCAUCCUGGGAUUAAUUUGAAUGGGGCUGCCUCAUGGUAUUUGAGACCAAGGUGCUUUGUUUCUUGGUAGUUGACAUUAUUCCCCAAAUCAUCAGAGUGGGAAAGAAGACACAGGUGAGUUAGGAUGCUGGAGGUCUUUUUGGAGGAAAUGAUGGGAAUAUGUUAGGGGUAAAAAAACAACAGGGCUUCAGUGACUUUGACCAUGCUGGUUAAUCAGAAGAAAUCCUGUCCCUUGACUGUGCCCACUGGGAAGGUUACCAGACUUUCCUUUUUAAAUGUCAGAGGGGACUUAGAAACCCUCCAUGUCUCAUUUGGCCCUAGAGCUGGGGUGAGGGCACUGAGCUGUGAAUCUCUCAGCAUGGUAUGUAUGUGUCAACAGACUUUGCCAUGCACUUCUGUGCUGGGUUCAGAGUUGUCUUCUGUUGUGUGUUUUACCUCCGCUUCUGGCUUCCAUGGCCCUUUUGCCAGGUCUUCCAUAUUAAUCAGAAGAUGACACAGCUGACUGCUUUUGGCUAAGCAGCAAAAUUGUGUUCUCUUCCCCCUUCUCCCCCCCCCCCCCUUUUUUUUUUCCUUGAUUUGUUUUUCAACACAGAUUGGUAGUAGGGAGGAAACUGAUUUAGGGGUUGUCUGAAUUGUGCCUUAAAGAAAGCUAUAGUUCUAGAAUCUGUAGCAGUUUAGAUUUUUGUUUCUUUCUCUCCAUACCCUUACGUACAAUUUGAACAAGCUUUAUGUAGCAAGACAUGGAAAUAUUCUCUUGUAGGUGUAUGCCCUGCAUCCCACCCAAAGAACCCAUAACAAGGAUGGCAUAUUGUAGAUGUCUCACCUACACCACCUAAGGCCCAGCAUCACAUGUAGGUUUUGUGUUCUCAGCACACAGUUAAAUGUCAUCCUACAGGUAGGCUGUGCCUCCCACAGCUUGGAGCACUUCCAUGUCUUCACAAGCAAGUUGUGUCCCUAUAACCAGGUAUUAAUUCUCUACAGUAUUCUCUACAGGUAUAAAGGAACUUAAUAGCUGCAGCUCCUUGCACAAUGAAAAACUACAUGCAGCCUUGACCACUGCAGAACCACACCCCUGGCUAAAGAUGCAGCACAGAAGUUGGCAGGCAGUUUUUCAGUGUUAACUGGAGGAGGCAAAGCUUGCUUAGGGGACAGAAGUUUAGCUUAUAAAAGAGUUAUAUUGAAUAUUGUGCAGGGGAGUUAGUCUGAAGUCAGAACUGCUUUUUCCACACUUGUGAUUAUUAGGUCAGGUCAAAGUAGCUGAGUGAAGACAAGCAGUUAAUGCAUCCUCUUACUGACCUGUAGACCUUCUCUGCUCUCAAGCAUCUGGAAUACAUGUAUGAAAGAAACAGUGGCCCUUAGCUCUCAAAGAACGAGGCUUGUCACUAGUGGUUGUUUCUGCAAAAGCACUUCCAUGAGGGAUGAGGAGGAAUCUCUCUCAGUGGGCAAUAAAGAACCUCCAACUGUGGUUUUCAAGCCCGUGUACAGCUGGCUUUUUAAACCAAUCAGUAAUUUGAAUUCUGGCACUUCUUUGGACUGUCUUGAGGCUGUUCCAAUGCCAGCAAAGCAUGCUCCUCCCUUUGCCAGGCUCCUUUGCUAAGUGUUGUGUCCUCCACUCGAGGCUUUGGCUUUCUGCAGGCUGGCUGACAGAAGGGUAGCUAGGAAGUACAUGAGGGUGGGUGUACGCCUCUUGAGGGUACAAAAAAGCCCUGGUUAGCCUGCAGGCUCGCUUUUAUAAACAGAUACUUAGUUUGCCCAGUUGCCUCCAGCUCCUCUGAUUUUAAUUUGCUUUUAAUUUUUGAUGCACUGAACCUUAUUUCUGAAUCCCCCUUCAGGAAGGCAAGCACAAACCACUGUGCUUCCCCGCGUCUGGGUAUAUACAGAGGGAUUUUGUUGGGAAGGGGGUGAGGAAGGUCUUGCUGAAGGGAAUGUUUGUGAACAUUAAUUGCACAAUGCAUUGUUAUUAGGCUGUGUAUCAUUUUGUGUUGACUUCUCUGCUUUGAUUGUCUCUGUGACCAAUACAGCCCCUUUAGUUCUCAACAGUGCAUCCUUACUUGGCUUCCCACAAUAUUCUGGCUAGCACAGUUCAGUUUUGAAGGCUCUCCCUUUUUAAAGGCUUUUCUGACAAGUAAUGCACACUCAGGGCUACCAGGUGUAUGAACAAGGGGACUAGAGGGAACAAUCUCCAGCACUCCUCUGCAGCAUGGUAGGCUGCUUUUCCACCCACAGGAAGCAAAUGCUCAAGAUGAGUUACACACUGUUGAGACAUCACUGACCAGGGAUGUAAAGUGUGUAACCCAGCCCAGGCUUACUAUGGUGCUGUGUGUGCCAGAAGGGAGAGGGCAGGAUAAGAAUAAAGCAGUAGCUGAGAGGUAUUACAAAAUAGGAAAAAUAAAAAA